AUGUAUUUAAAACACAAAAGUUUGGAACAACAUUAGGGAGAGUUAAUAAAUGUAAUAAUAUAAAUUGAAAAUAUAAAUCGCCUGAAUUUUAGGCAAAUUUAAUAAAUAUAUUAGUAUAAAUUGAAAACAUAAAUCGCCUGGAUUUUAGGCAUUUUAUAUUACAAAACGAAAAGUUAAUUUCCCAAGGUUCAAGGCGAAAUUGAUAAUGAAAAAGAAACAUUAAUUAAUUAAAAAAUAUUUGUUUUUUUGUUUUUUUUUUAAAGAUUAAGCGCCAAAGAAAUGUAAAAGGAAUAAAUAACACAACAACGCGGAACUUAAGAUGUGCCUAUAACAGAUAGUCAAAUAAGAAGAGAACAGAGCAAAAACCAAACUUUCUUAUCAAAAUACAAGAACCAUUCAUAUGAAUAAAUGCAACAUGAAAAUUAAAAGAGCUUCAAAGGAAAAAAUUAGAAUUCACAACAACAACAGCAGCAACAAUAAUAAUAAUACAUAGAUUAGAAUAAAAUAAUAGAGGAAAUAUAACAUGAUUCUAAAUUAAAUGAAAUAGUAGAAACAUCUAAUUCAAAUGAAAAUGACAGAUUUUUUCUCAGGUAUAUAUUCAAUCAGAACUAAUGCAAAAUAUGUGAAGAGCAUGUAGAGGAUAAAUAACAACACUUAUUUACAGAUACACACUUAAAAAAACAAAAUAAAUUGUUUCACAAAUAAGAGAUGGAGGUAGAAUAAUAUAAAAAAAUGGUAACCAAUCUCAUACCAGGCAUGAAACUUUGGAAUAAGGAACAGUUUGAAUAAGAAUUCGAAAGUACAAAUACGAGCGCACCAAACUACAAACAAUACAUAAUUUAACAAUUACAAACACAUUCAGAUGAUUUUAACAAAUUUUCAAAAAAAACUUAAGAAAACAUUUCGUCUGAAGCUGCUAAGAUUAUAUACUACGCACAUAAGAAUCAAAUAGAAACAUUAUCAUUAGAAGCAAUUAAAGGUUAUAUUGAUAGUAGGGUUUUAGUUUUUAAAAUUGUACAACCACAUGCAAUACGUUUUAUAUUACAACUAUUAAAAGUUAACUCGAAAGAUAUUUCAGACUUAUUAAAGUAAUAUGAAAAUUAAUUCGAUCAGAUAAAGAAUACUUAAGUUUAAAAGUAUGCUCCGAAAGAUUAUAAUAGUUAUUAAACAUAAAGUGAAAAAUUCAUGAAAAUGCUGACAAUAUGGCAAGAAUAUGAAGUACUAUUUUACUUUUUACUACAAAAAAAUCUUAACAAAGCUAAAAAAUAAAUACUUAGAUUAGCAAUAAACGAAUUCUAAGUAAUAAAUGAUAUAUUAUAUUACACAUAACCAACAGAAGAAAAAAGAAUACACUUAGGAACACAAUAAGAAGCGAUAAUCAGUUUCAUAAAAAGAAAAAUACAAGAUUGUACAUUUGAUAACAAUAGAACCUAGAUAUUUCAACAAUUUAAAACUGAUAAUGAAGCAAAAUAACACAUAAAUACAGUAAUUAAAAAGAAUUUAUACUAUCAAACCAACGACAAGGAGUUUUUCGACUUUAUGCAAGAUUUCGAUUAUGUAGUAUUUAAAAAAUUUAUACGCUCUAAAAAAAAUUAUGAAGAAAAUAAAAAUACAAUUACUCAAUAAGAACAAGAUAAUGAAGAUAAAAGAGUUGCUGAUAUAACCACAUCGCAAGCUAAACAAAAUGAUAACAAUCAACAAGUUAUAUAAGAUUUAGCAACUUAACUAGAUAAGGUAAAUGUAUCGUAGCAAAAAAUUUAAGAAAAAAAGGAUUACAAGUAAAAUAGCGAUGAAUAAAAAAAUUAAAUAAGUAUAGAAAAACAAGAUAUUGAUUCAAACAGAAUUUAAGGACAGCAUGAGGAGAAAGAGAUAUUUGUGGAUAAUUUUAUCAAUACAAGCAAUAACAUAUUUUCAUAAUCAUAACAAGCAUCUGGAUAAAAAAAUAGUUUUCAACAAAUUAAUGAGAUCGAAGCAAGUGAAGAAAAGAACUAAUUUAAUCAGGUAUUAAAGAAUAUUUAAAAUUUUAGUUUUAGGAGGAACAAUAAAAAAGUAGUGGCAUAAAGAAAAAUAAAAGAACUAAAAAUUAAAUCAAACCAUAAAGCCGAAGGAAAAGCAGAGCGAAAAGCUACGGGAAUAAACAAGGGAUAACAUAAGUUUAAAAAAUAAAAGACUAAGAGACAAGCUAAGAGAAAACCUAAGGGAAAAGCAAAGAGCAAAAGUAAGGGAAAGUGAAAGACAAUGGAAAAGAUUAAAAAGUUUAGAAGAAAAGCUUAAAAUAAAAAGUAACUAAUAAUUUUAUAUUAUAGAAUUAAAAGUCAGAAAGUGAAGAAGAAGAAGACAGCGAUGAGAAUUAUCAACCAACUAAAUUAUAAAAAAAGAAGAAAUGA